CCAAAACAUAUUUCUUGUGAUCUCCGAAAAAACAAAAACAAAAAAAUGCUUUCAAAAAUGAAACUGGUGGCUCUCAUGUCGUCGUUGUUGCUCCUUCUUCCAUUGUGUUCUUCAAGGUUUGUAGAGAGCCAUGAAGAUGGAGUUCUUCACACCGAUCAAUAUUCAGUAAAUAUGGUUGAAGAGAGUAUUCCGAAGUUGAUGGAUUAUGCGGAACCAGGCCCAAACCCAAGACACGAUCCAACAAAACCCGGUUAUGGUAGUCCUCCGCCACCACCGCCACCGCAUAUGAACUAAGAAUCAUGAUGAUGAAGCAAAGAUAUGAGAAACUUGAUCAAAGAUAAUAAACUUGUUACUCAACAAAUUUGAUCUACAGAACAUUUUCAUCAAUUUGGUUUUAAAAACAUGCACUGAUAAAAAUUCUCGAUGAUGCAAAUGUCUACCAAUAUGUUCAUUUAUCGUUUAGUAAUUGUUUUGUUCA